AUGGAUGCAUUGAUCCAAUGUCACGCUUGUCAUCAAAGUGCAACUGAUCCAUGUGAAUUAACAUGUAAACAUACGUAUUGUUCAAAAUGUUUAAAUGAAAAAUUAGUUGGAAAUAAAUUAACAUGUCUUGUAUGUAACACCGAAUAUAUAACACCCAAUUCUUCCAUAAAAGAAAUUUCUACGCCAGACAAAUUAACACCCUAUCUAUUGGGUGUACAAAGUUAUGAACCAUAUGCCAAUAUUGCUGGAGCUACACCAUCAAUUCAGGCUCAAUGCUUUGAAUGUAAAUUGCAAGGUGAUCUUCGAACAUGUUUUCAUUGUAAUAAAGCAUUGUGUAGCGCUUGUCGAACGAAACAUUAUCAAAUACAAAAGAAAGAAGUUGAGGAAUCAUAUCGAGACUUAGACACCAAAAUUUCUCGUGCAGUAGAAUUGGCAAUUACGCUAAAUAAUAGUCGAGAAACGCGUCUUAAAACAUAUGCAAUCAUGAAAGAAAAAAUUCAACAUAAUGUUCAAGUAUUGAAAAAAUAUAUUGAUGACGAAGCAGAAAGAUUACAAAAACAAGUCGAUAAUCGUGUAGCAUUAGAAGAAGAGAAAAUCAGAGUUGCAAAACAAGAAGAGGUACACUUAAAAAAUCAUAAAUCCGCUCUGGACACCGUUAUUGACAAAUCUAAACAUGAAUCAGACCAUAUGACCGCGAGUAAAAUGUUCAUUGAUUAUGUACAAGUUGCUCCAAAUUGGAAAAGUAAAAUUGAAAGUCAAGCAGGACGACUUAAUCCAGAAAAAGAACUAGAAUUGCAUUAUCAUUUUGAAAUGCCCAAAAAAGAUGAUGCCAUUCUUGGAACAAUAAAAGAUACAAAAAGUACCGAUAUUCAAGCAUCAUCUGAAGCCAAAAAAAUGGCCAAACAAGCUGAUAAUAAAAGUAGUACUUGCAUUAUAGUAUAA